UAUUUCUGACUGGCCUGCUGUGCAGAAUCUAGACCACUGGCAGUGGUGACAGCCCAGCUGAGGUUAAUCGAGGUCUCGUCCCAGGCUCUGCUUGGUCUUGGGAGUUGCUAUGUCCUGGUUCUUGGUCCUGAAGUGCCUCCUUACUGUCUGCAUCAUCUCUCACUUAUCUGUCAGCUCUACAGAGAGUUAUGGUUGUAUAAGAAAAACAUGCUUUGAUGGAAGAUGUUUACCUAAUACUACAAGCUCUUGUGAAUUCUCCAAAGGUUGUUUCUCCCAACUGCAGGAAUUUGCAGUCCCACUACUUCCAUUAAACCAAAGAAUUGAGCAGAGAGGCUGUUCUGAAGACAGUUGUACUGAACUAGCAUUCUCGGCAACACUGGGGAUUGAUUGGAUGUUUAGUUAUAACCAUCAAUGCUGCUACAGUGAACAGUGCAACAACAAGCCCAUUAAUGUGUCUCCAUUGUCUUUACAACCCAAUGGUGUUGAAUGUCCAACCUGCUACAGUGAACUUGGCACGUGUAGGCCAGUCUCCCUAAAGUGCACAGGGGCACAGACGACGUGUGUUAAUGUCACUGGCCAAGGAACUAGGGAGGACUCCAUUAAGAUACACGCCAUGGGCUGUGCAACCCAGACUGCCUGCAACUUGAAGAACGUGAUCAUCUUGAAUAAUAUUCAAAUCGAUACCUCCUGUGUCCCUGGGAGCCCCCCACUCAGGUACUCCCCCUCUCUCAGCAUGGAUCAAAAGAUAAGCUCAGCAACUGCUCCCAUACUAUGCCUGCUUGCUGCUGUGCUCCCUGCCAUCAUGGUCGUGGAGUCAUUCUCUGAACUGUGAGCCCUCAGUAAACUCUUUCUUUUAGAAAUUUCCUUGGUCAUGGUGUCUUCACAGCAAUAGAAAAGAAACUAAGACAUCAUUUCUGGAAAAGUAGUAGCAUCAAAACCCCCCUUUAAAUAAGAAUAGCAAGAAUCAGAACCUGCUAAAGUGGUCUCAUUUUAAUUUGAUCAUUUCUAUAAAGAUCUUGCCUUGGGCUGGAGAGAUGGCUCAGUGGUUAAGAGUACUGACUGCUUUUCCAGAGGUCCUGAAUUUAAUUCCCAGCAACCACAGGGUGGCUCACAACCAUCUGUAAUAAGAUCCCAUGCCCUCUUCUGGUGUGUCUGAAGACAACCACAGUGUACCCACAUAUAUAAUCUUGUCUUGUCAACUUGACACAAACCAGGGUCACCUGGGAAGAGGGAACCUCAACAGAGAAAAAUGCCUCCAUCAGAUUGGUUUGUAGAAAAAUUCGUGGAGCAUUUCCUUGAUUGAUGUUUGAUGUGGGACCCAGCCCACUAUGGGCAGUACCAUCCCUAGGCAAGUGGUCCUGGGAGGAAUAAGAAAGGAGGACAUGCCUAGCAAGCACAAGGCCCUGGGUUCGGUCCCCAGCUCCAAAAAAAAAAAAAAAAAGGAGGACAAACAUAAGCCUGAGGAGCUAGUCAGUAAGCAGUGCACCUCCAUGAUACUACAUUUCCUGUCUCCAAGUUCCUACCUUGAGAUCCUGCCCUGGCUUUCCUCCAUGGUGUAACCUGUAAGAUAAAAUAAAGACUUUCCUUCC